AUGCUGUGUCUACAAAAUCAAUGGAUUCAUAUUGAUGGUGAUUCUUUGGCUCGCGACGUCUUUUACGAUAUGAAUGAAAUUUUCGGUUUGGGAUGGAACGACAAGCACAAGACGUUGGAAAACCUUUCGCAAGGCGGCGGAGCUACCGGUAACAGCAGUGAAAGACCAUUGAUCACAUUCAGCAGCGAUACCAUCAAAUUCCGUGAUACUCCCAACUGGUAUCCUCUGCUUCAAGGCGUGAAGAGAGGCUGUCCAGAUGUUUGGAUUUACAGCAGUGGGUUAUGGGAUCACCCCAAAAACACAUCUGAUGCCAAAUACUACAAACGGACAAAGGCUUUGGCCAACUUUUCCGCUUCUUUUUCUGAUUGCGAAAUAAAGCACAAGAUUCUGCGUUACACGACACCUUACCAACUCCCCAGUCGGCUAAUGUUGAACGAAAGGGCCAAAAGAUACAAUGAAAUUGCCACCGAGCUGCUCGUGCCUGUGGGCUUUCAAUAUGUAGACACCUUUGAGAUGUUGUCGAGUCGUCCCGACUUGUCGCACGACGGAGUCCACUACACUGGUCCUGGUUCCAAGUGGGUUACCAACUCGAUUUUGAACUUGAUUUGCCCUUCUUCUUCAAGCUGA